AUCUCUUGCUCAUCCCUUUCUGAUCUCUUUAUUUUUUUCAGUCAGAUAUUCAAAGUGCCGUUCACAGACAUUCAUACCAUAUUUGUACCUCAGUCAAAGCUUGCGGGAAUCUUUUGGAACUAGAACGUUGCGCAGCCGCGCAAAAAUACGCUCAUCAGCUUUGGUCGACAAUCGAUUCAGUCUGUUUCUUUGUUUGUUUGUUUGUUUAAACAAGCAUGCCUUCUCCCCAAGUCGUGACAUUUUCCUUACCGGGACAGCAGCCCGACACUCGGAUCACCAUUUUUCAGCUUAAAGAAUUGCGAGUUCACGCUAGUAUUUUGAAGCUAUACUCCGCUUAUUUCCGGAAAUUUAUGGACUCUCCUGACAAGGAAUCGGCUUCUCCUAGUGCAAUGUGGAAAUAUGAAUGGACUGCAAAGGUUGAGGAAGAUGGGAGCUGGUAUGUUGUUGAUAGAAGAGGUCAGGAAUCCAAGAAGCAACGAAGUGCAACUAGUUGUGGUAAUCUGGAUAUUAUGGCCUUUGAAAAUAUCAUCAUGAGCAUGUACCAAAAGCCGUACGAAAUUACAAGCACGGAGCAUCUGCAAGAGAUUACAACCUUGGCCGAUUUCUACCGUUGUCUACCUGUGGUGUCAAAUUCUCUCUACUCAGCUUUCUUCCGCAGCCCGAAAUUUCUUGCCAGUGUAUACGAUUGUAGGGAGGUAUUGCUGGAAUUAGCAUUCAAACUAAGACAUCGCGAACUUUUCAACGACUGUCUCGUUCUGAUUUCUGGGUAUUGGCCUCCCAACCAGCUACCAUUCAAGACAAAAAUAGAGGAUAAAAGACUUGCAAGGCUGGCUGAGAAUGCACAUAACCAAGUGGGAACAACCCUUGCGAGAAGUAUACAAAACGUACUUAUGAAAAAAUCCCCACAAGAAGCCGGAAGAUUUCUAAAUGCUUCGGUAUCUGGUACCAAAGACUCACUUGUACAAUACCACGUGAGACUGCAGAAGUUUCUUUACCUCUCGGAUAUCCUAGAAGACAUCACCAAGAACAACCUCAAGUUGAAUACUUCUGCAGUAGCUGGAGAGGGGGAAUAUAUUCACAACUUCCUUCACAUCGAAUUGAAGGAGGAAGAUAUUCCUUGGGAUACAACUGAGACUGACUGGUAAGACCGCAAGAAUCUGGGUAGGAUCUGAAUACUCUAGAUUGUAGUCCGAACAUGAAGUGUUCCUAGUCCUUGAUUUUCGUCCACACAAUGAAACCAUCCUCACACGAAAUGCAUCCGGAAUAUUAAAUUCAACUCACUCAUGAAACU